AUGCUGUGCGAGUAUUGCGGCAAAUUAUCUCCAAAAGAGAGCAUUACCUUGUACUUGACUCCCCGAGAUCAAGAUUUGCCUGCUUGUUUGCGGUGCCGAAUUGUUCGCAAUGCCGUGCUACAGUAUUGUUCUGCCAGAUCCGAUUCGAAGGUACAGCCAAGAAAGGCUUACAUUUAUGCCAAAUAUGUCUCUUUGCAAUAUACUGGAGAGGUGGGGGAUCUAGACUUCUAUCAGACACCAGGUAUUAAUUCGUACGGUUGGCGAGUUUCGAGUGUCAAGUUAAUUGAAGGAGAUAGAUUCGAAUAUAGAACAACAGGAAUCGGACCUGUCGUCAAGGCCAUUCAUUAUCUCACCGCACAUCAUCCCAAAAAUCGACUUGAAUCUUGCUUUGGCUCUCAUAACGUCUUGGCUAAAAAAAAUGCUAUACGCAACAUAAAAGCUGUGUCGAAACAUUAA